AUGACUGAAGAAUUUUCUGUUUUUAAAGCAAACAAAAAGGAUCUGAUAAGAAUUUCAUGGCAUGGCAACGAGGAAUGUUUUAAUAAAAAUCAAAAAAUAAUUUUGGAUUCGAUUGGAAAUGGAGUGCUACAAUGGAAAAGAGACUCCCACACAUCAAAUUUCCCCUUAAAUCUUCGUUUUCAACCUUCCUUUGUGGCGUUUGAUGCAGACUGUUUUAUAAUAAAAAAUGGAAAUUCUAAUGAUAAUACACCUUCAACAUUUGCUUUUCUACAUUUUUAUUUUAUUUUUCCGAAGAAUUUUGAGGAAUACCGAAUUUCUGUCCGCCCUGAAAUUUCUGAAUGGUUUUCAGAUUUGACAGAAGCUAAUUGCCAAUUUUGGCUAAUUAUUUUUGAUUCUUCCCGAGUUAAAGAUAAGAAGAAUAGAAGUCAAAUAAAUGACAAAUUAAAGAAUGAUUUUGCAAAGUUUCAGAAUAGAAUUUUUGAAUCAAACGAAUUUUCUUCAGAAAAAUCAAAAUCAACUUUAACUUUGCUUAUUCAAAACAAUUUAUUCUAUUCCUUCGACAAUUAUUCUAAUAAUUUAAUUAAUAAACUUAGAAAAUUGAAAGAAAUUGUAAAUGAAGAUAACUUUGUUUUAUCAAAUUUUAUUAAUGAACAGUUCAAAUUGUGUCUUUUUUAUUGGAGUUUAGGACUUUUUGAACAAGCUUUGGUAGAGUUGGAUUCAUUAACUAGUUUUUUUGCGGAUUCAAUUCGUGCUUUGGCCCAGAAAAAUGAUUCAGCAUUAAAUUCAAUAAAUUGGUUAAAACAAUUACGCCCUCUUCCUCUAGAUAAAUGCUGUAUUCUUUUAAAUCAACAACUUUAUAACUCUUCUAAUGAUGAUUGGCAAUUGGUUCGAAUACAUGCACAUCUGCUUUCACAUCAAAUUCUGCUUUCUGCAAGUCUACUCAGCCAUAGAUUAAACUUAGCAAAUACCCCCUCCUCAUCAACUCAACAACAUUCACAAGAAAAUCAAAAUAUACCAACAAAUCAAGUUUUAGCAGUUAAAGGACUAUCAGAAAUCCAUUCAACAACUUCAAAUACAACAAUAACAACAACAGAUUCCUCAGCAAUUUCUUCCUCUUCUCUACAAUCCCUUUCACAACCUUCCUCUACAACAACUUCUCAACUAAAUACUUUACAACUUCGUCAUGAUUGUAUUUCAACAGUUUUAAAUUAUUCAAGAGAAACUUUCCAACGUUUGGAAGAAGAUUUACACAUUCUUUCAACAAAUUUCAAUCCUUUCCAUUUAAAUUUAAUUUUUAUUUUUUGGCAAGAAGAAAUUAUUAAAUUUGUUGAAUAUUUACUUUUUUCUUCUGUUGAUUAUGAAUUGGAAAAUAAAAAUUCUGUUUAUGAUGAAUUGGUAGUGAUGGAAUCUGCUAGUGCUUCUCAUGCUGCUUUCCUUUUGCAUAAGAAAGUUGAAGCGCUUUACAAUUUGUACUUCUUACUUACAAAUACUAAAAAAAGUCAAGAGGUUACACUUGUUAGGCGGUGGUUACAACAAACCUCCUUGCCUUCAUCAACAGAAGAUGACACUAAUAAUAUUUUUAUUCCCGAAUCUUUUCGAAUUUUGAACGAUUUUUUCUGUAAUUCAAAUACAGAUUUGGAGAAAUUUAGAAUUUAUGUAAUUGAGGAAUUGUCUGAAGCUUUAAAUAUUUUCAAGAAGCAUAAUUGGAUGGGGCAUGUUGUUAAUUUGGAAAAUUGUAUUUCCUCAAUUUCAAACAAUUCCAACGACGAUUUAUUUAACCGAGAGAAGCAACAUUUAAAAAAACUUUUAUCAGGGGAUUCAUUAUUUCAAGUACAAGAUGUUGUUGACUAUUUGAAAAAAUUUUUGAAUGACUAUACUAACCGUGCUGUUGAACAUUCAGAAAGUGAAUUGUUAUUUGAUUGCAUCCUUGUUCUCUUAACAUUAUUAGAAAAUUCAGUGACAGAUGAAUUUGACGAUUACUUGUCUAAAUUAACAUUACAAGAACGAAUAAGAAAUAAUAUUUCCUGGUUAAAUUAUAACAAUUCAAUAGAUUCUCCUUCAUAUCGUCCAUUUAUUCCAUUUCCAUUCAAAAUCAUUAGAAUAUGUUCACCCCCACUUUUUCGCUCAACAUUACAUUCACCUUCAGAACUUAUUUUAGAUAUUUACAAUUAUUUUAAUUUACAAUUUUCUAAUUGUAAAAUUAAAACAAUUUUUAAAAAAUUAAUUAAAACCCAAUCUAAUAACCAACAACUUCCUUUAACUAAAAAAUUUGCUUUUCAACAAAAAUUACAAAUUGAAGAGAAUGAAAAUAUUUAUUCGUUGGAAUGUGUUGUGUGUACUAAAGAAGAAGAAAAAUUAGAAAAUAAUAAUAAAAAUGAAGAUAUUGUAAAUGAAAAUGUUGAUUGUAUUAUUGUUGAUGGAAAUGUUGAUUUAAUCGUUCCAGGCGUUAAUAAGUGUAUAUUUAAAAUUAAUGAAAAUAAACAUGUUGGUUGUUUUCAAUUAUGUUCAAUUCAACUCCAUAUAAUUAACCCAAAAUGUACCUUUAUUCUUGAUUAUGGCCGCGAGAUGGAGAGAAAUGUUUUAUUGGAACAUGUUUUUCUGUUAGUUGAUAGAGUAGAACCUAGUAUUUCUGUGAAGGAUAAAUCCUCAGGCGAUCUUCUUGAAUUAACAGCAGGAAUGAGACAGAAAAUUUCUUUUGAAUUUUAUUCUGGCACAAAUUCUUAUUUAAAUGAUACAUUUUGUUCUUUUUCACUUGUCGGAGUUGAAAACAAACAUUUACAAUUUUUGGAUUCUGAAGGAAAAUGGGUAUCUGAUAAAGUUCAACAUUUAAUUCCGCCUAUUAAACCAAAUGAAAGUUAUUGUAAUUGUAUUGAGUUAUGUAUGACAGUUGAUAAAGUUUUGCCUAUUAAUUCUACAAAUGUUAGCAGUUCUCCACAAAAUGAGGAAUUACAAUCUAUAAAUUGUGAGUUAAAACUUGAAUGGAAAAAUGCUUCAGAAACAAUUGUAACAAAAUUUUUACAACUCAAAUUUUCGCCUCUAUUUGGAUUAUAUUGCACAACAUCUUUAUUAGCAGGAAAUGCAAUUUUUAUUUUGGAUGUGGAAAGGCGAUUUGUAAAAUCUCCCUCAUUUCAAAUUACAAUUCUUCCAACUCUAAUUACAUUACAUCAAGAACAGAAUAUUGCCUUAGAACCUGUUGAAGCUAAAUUACUCAAUCCAAAUCCUUUAAUUCCAAUAAUUCCAAAUUCUUCUUUUCGUUUUAUUUGGCGAUUACCAGAAUCUCCUGCUGGUCGAAACUUUCCAGUUCCACAUUUUUUUAAAUUUAUUUACACCGUCUGUUCUGAUCAAAAGGAAAAUAAAAAUAGUGGAAUUAAUAAAGAAUUGAUAGAAUCUGAGGAAUAUUGUAUUGAAAAACGAUUGAAUUUUGCUAUUCCGAAGGUUGAUUUUGAAAUUUGUGCUCGGUUUUAUUCUGAACAUUCCCAAUCUUUAUUAUGUCGAGUUGAUCAACCUUGUGAUUUUGUUGUAUCAUUAAGAUCGUUGGCUAAAUUAAUUGAAGCUGAAACUGUUAUUGUUAGUAUAGAAAAUGAAAAUAUAAAUAAUAAUGGAUGGUAUUGUCAACAAAAACAUAAAUUAGCUAAAGUUAAGGAUAGUGGUGUUGGACAGGCUAUUUUCUCUAUUGUUCCCAAAAUGCUUGGACAUUUGCCUUAUCCUUCUGUUUCUCUAUACAAAUACAUUGCUUCUGAAAAUUCUUCCAAGCAACUUUCAAUAAAUGAAAAACGUUUUGGCGAACGUUUAAUAACAUUUUAUCGAAAUAAAGGCACACAAAUACAUAUUUUGGCCCCUUUAAGCGGCUCAGAGGAAAGUACUUCUUUAGCAAGUACAAAUACCAGUGAAAGUGAACAAAAGAAAAAAUCAUUAAAAUCACAAGCUAAAGAUAGAUUAUCGAGACUUUUUGAAUAA